AUGGUGAGCAGGGGUUCCCUCGGGCGACGGGCUCCGUGGGGCGAGGGUCUCGCCGACCGGGUCCGAAGUCCGGCGGUGCUCGGGGUGCAGCUGGUGGUGACACUGCUCACCGCCACCCUCAUGCACAGGCUGGCGGCACACUGCUCCUUCGCGCGCUGGCUGCUCUGCAAUGGCAGUUUGUUCCGUUACAAGCACCCAUCAGAGGAGGAGCUCCGGGCCCUGGCGGGGAAGCAGAGACCCAAAGGGAAGAGGGAGCGGUGGGCCAACGGCUUGGGUGAGGAGAAGCCGCUAUCCGUCCCCCGAGAUACCCCCUUCCAGCUGGAGACCUGCCCUCUCACUGCGGUGGAUGCCCUGGUCCUGCGAUUUUUCCUGGAGUACCAGUGGUUCGUGGACUUUGCCGUGUACACGGGCGGCGUGUACCUCUUCACCGAGGCCUACUACUACACGCUGCACCCGACUCGGGAGGCCAACAUCGCUGUGUGCUGGUGCCUGCUGGCGGUCGCCUUCUCUAUCAAGGUGUUCCUGACAGUGACGCGGCUCUACUUCAGCGCAGAGGAGGGAGGCGAGCGCUCCGUCUGCCUCACCUUCGCCUUCUUCUUCCUGCUCCUGGCCAUGCUGGUGCAGGUGGUUCGGGAGGAGACGCUGGAGCUCGGCCUCGAGCCAGGCCUGGCUAGCAUGACUCGCAACUUGGAGCCACUUCUAAAGAAGCAGGACUGGGACUGGGCGCUCCCUCUGGUCAAGCUGACCAUCCGUGUGGGGCUGGCUGUCAUGGGCGCUGUGCUGGGUGCCUUCCUCACCUUCCCUGGCCUGCGGCUGGCCCAGACCCACCGUGACGCACUGACAAUGGCAGAGAACCGGCCGGGGCUACAGCUCCUCCUUCAUGCCAGCUUCCUGUCACCCAUAUUUGUGCUGUGGCUGUGGACCAGGCCCAUCGCCCGGGACUUCCUGCGGCAGGCACCCCUUGGGGGGAAAUCCGUCUCCUUGCUGUCGGACUCUGCCUUCGAUUCUGCACGCCUCUGGGUGCUGGUGGUACUGUGUUUGCUGCGGCUGGCAGUGACGCGGCCCCACUUACAGGCCUACUUGAGUCUCGCCAAGGUGCGGGUGGAGCAGCUGCGGCGGGAGGCCGGCCGCAUCGAGGCCCGAGAGAUCCAGCGCCGGGUGGUCCGGGUGUACUGCUAUGUCACGGUGGUCAGCCUGCAGUACCUGACGCCCCUCAUCCUCACCCUCAACUGCACUCUGCUGCUCAAGUCCCUGGGUGGCUACUCCUGGGGUCUGGGCAAGGCCUCCCCUCUGCCCCCGACCCCUUCUUCAAUUGAUGCUGCCCCUGCUGGCCCUGAGGGGGACUCGGCCCAUGAGACAGCAGCCCAGAUUGUAGGGGUGCUGGGUGGCCUGCUGACACCCCUGUUCUGCCGUGGCAUUCUCUCCUUCUUUGUCUGGUGGACGGCCGCCUGCCAACUGCUGUCCAGCCUUUUUGGCCUCUACUUCCACCAGCACCUGGGGGGCUCCUAG